AAUCAAUACUUUGGAUGUGCGCCGCGGCCCACAGUUUUUAGUACGUAUCAUACUAUUUUAUGAUGUUUUUGUUUUUACCGCCCCCCGACUUCUGAACUCGUAAUAUUAUGGUACGCCAUUAAUAAUGACUGAGUCGUGUAAAUGGCUACUAACGGUGGCGAGGAAGGAAGUCUUUUUGAUUUGGACACUGUGCGGUCAUUACAUAAGACAGUAAUUGCUCUGAGAACGGCUCUUGAACGAUCGAAAGCGGAACUCGAAUUAGUAAGAAAAUCUUGUAGCGCCAUGGAUGAUAAAAAGAUUGCAUGUCAAAACUCAGAAGAAACCGAUGAAAUUGAGUUAAUAUUUACAACAGAUGACACAAUGAAUGUGUCACCUAAUGAAGAUCUUGUGUCUAUAGAUAAUGUUUUGGAAACUGAUAUAUCAAAAUGUGGAGCAAAUUCCAAAGAAAUGACAAAUUCUAAAUAUCUUAGUCCCUUACGGCCUAUUUUAAAGGACAUUACUCUAAAAACACAGGAAGUUGAAGCACAAACAGAUAUCACUGCUUUGCCUCUACAAUGGCGUUCCGAAGGAUUUCUUAUUAAUCAAGCCAAGACUACAUCACCCAACACAACAUUACCAUCUAAAUUUAUUGUACCAGUUGACAAGAAUACACGCAAACAAUGUUUGCGUGUAUCUAAGAAAACUACUGAAUCAAGAAGGGUCAUGUUGUCAGACAUUAAUUUUACAAGUAUGGUGCCAGAGUUGUCAAGGAGUGUUGAUCAUUUGUGUCGGCAACCAGGACCUCUCACUCGUGAACCAUCAAGAUCAAAAUUUCCACGGAGUCCUGGUUAUUUUUCUGUUGGUUCAUCAUCUUCACGAUAUGAUUUUGGUUCAGUAUUUUCAGUGCAUUCAUCAUGUUACCGAUGUCAAGUAAGACCAUCAGUUAUGUCAUUGGAAGCACGGCAUAAUGCAUCAUGGUCAUCAGUACCAUCUUCACCUACUAAAUGCCGUCGAUCAGCAAGUGUUCCAUGUGAACCAUGUGCAUCAUUACAAGAUAUGAAGUACUCAUCUACUGCUACAUUAAAAGCAGAAGAUGAAGUGCCAAAGAAAAUCAAAAACAAAGUAUCAUUUAAAGAAUCAGGGAAAUUGCGUUUAUCAAUGCCAGAUUUAAGAAAAUCAGAAGGAGAGUCAACUGAUUCACUUAUAGAAGAAUCUGAAUGUGUUGUUCGUAAUGCUAUAGAUUGUCUUAUCACUGGAUGCCCCACAAAUAUCAAGGAAUGCAAAAAGCAUAGACGUUAUUCUGAACCAUAUCAUAAUAACCUAGAUUGUUCAAUGAAAGUGUAUGGAAAGCCAUAUUUACCAAAGUCCAUUUAUGAUCUUCAAUUGAACACCUAUGUUAAAGUUAUUACAAACUUUGGUAAAGUAGUUGGUGGACGACUACGAUAUAUAGGUCAUGUAGCAUCGAUGAAAGAGCCAUUAAUUGGAGUACAAUUUGAUCAUAAGAUUGGUGACUGUGAUGGAUCUUUAAAUGGGAUCAGAUAUUUUGAAUGUGGAAUCAAUAAUGGACAAUUUGUUCCAUUUCAAAAGAUUGUUAUGGCUUGGAGAGAUAUUUAAACAUAUAACUUAUACAGAAUAUUCAUAGUAAAAUGUUAUUUUUAUGUAUAACAGUAUUAUUCAGAUAAAUCUUGUUGUGAAUUUACUAUAAUCAAAACAUAUUUA